AUGGCUGCGACCAAGGCUACUGUUAACCAGCAGACCCCCGGCGACACCACGGUUGCACCCGCCGCCAUUGCCGGCGGCAGCCCUUUUGAGCCCUGCGUGUGGGGCGACUUCUUUGUGACCUACAAUCCUCCACCCUUGCAGAGGUCAGAGGAGUGGAUGAGAGAGAGGGCGGAUGAACUCAAGGGGAAAGUGCGCCAGAUGUUUGGCGCGGACAGAGCAACGAGCGUGGCCGGCAUGGUGAUUCUGGUGGAUCAACUCGAACGCCUUGGCCUGGACAACCAUUUCCGUGACGAGAUCAACGCGGCGCUAGGCCGCAUACACAGUGAGGGGCUAGACGAUGCUGGCAGAAAAAGAAAGUUUGUAGUCAAUACAAUCACAUAUGGCUGCAGAUGUUUUGAUAGAUUUAGAGAUGAAACCGGCAGUUUCAGCAAAGAUUUAAUAAGCGACCCCAGGGGCCUGCUUAGCCUGUACAACGCAGCUCACAUGGCGGUCCCCGGUGAGGCGACCCUGGACGAAGCCAUCGCCUUCGCUAGGCGACACCUUGAGGCCGCGAUAGGUAAGCUUGGGUCGCCCAUGGCAGGGCAGGUUUCUCGCGCCCUCGAGAUUCCGCGGCCCCGUUUCAUGCGGCGACUGGAGACCAUGCACUACAUCAUCGAGUAUGAGCAAGAGGAGGCGCACGACGCCACACUGCUCGAGGCCUCGAGCUCGCACGGCUGGACUUCAACCUCUUAUGGUCUCUCCAUCUCAAGGAGCUCAGAACCUCUCCUUAUGGUGGAGGGAUCUCUACAGCGAUGUCGGGCUAACCUACGCACGAGAUCGCAUCGUGGAACCAUACUUCUACAAUUUCGGCGCCUUCCAUGAGGAGAACUCUCGCAUCUGAAUAAUUGUCACCA